CCCCUCUUCCGCAAGGCGGGGCGGGGAGUGCGGGAAGGCCCGGCACCUGGAGGCGCGGGAGGGACCACGGGCAGGUGUGCCUCUGGGCCCGCGGGGAGGGCGUCAGAAGAUGGAGGCGGGAAAUGCAGUCUCUCGGCUGCGUGAAAGAAAGGACCGAUUCCUCUGAGUAGGGACAUGGGAAAGGACACGGUGAAUCCCGGUGUGCGGGGAAAACAAGCACCCCUCCCCAGAGUCUCCUCGUCCUGAAACUGUGCCCCGGAUACAGCAGGGUUCCCCAUGGCCUGGUCCUGCGCUGAGGGCUCUCAACUUCAGGCCUUAGGUCUGUUAGGUCGUGUCAGAGGCCCUUCACGUUUGACUCUCGGAGUCUCCCAGAAGCUACUUGAUAUUACAGCAUUUAUUAAGUACUCAAGUACAGCCCAUGGAAGAGUCAUACGAAGAGGUGGUGAUCAAGCUCAUACAGCAGGAGGGGACAUGUUUGGAUUUCCAACAGCUACCCUGCUGGACUGUCAUGGAAGAUAUGCCCAGAAUGUAGCCUUUUUCACAUAUUGGUGCAUCUUACAUGACUUCCCUCUCAUUUUACCAGAUGUGAUGACAGAAGCCCACCACAAAUAUGAUCAGUCUGAGGCCACAGGAUCCUCAAGCUGGGAUUUCCAGAGUUCUUUCAGAAGAGAGAAGCUGGAACAAAAAUCCCCAGAUUCUAAGACACUACAGGAAGAUUCACCUGGAGUGAGACAGAGGGUCUAUGAGUGCCAGGAAUGUGGAAAAUCCUUCAGGCAGAAGGGUAGUCUAACAUUACAUGAGAGAAUCCACACUGGUCAGAAGCCCUUUGAGUGUACCCAUUGUGGAAAAAGCUUUAGGGCCAAAGGCAAUCUUGUUACACACCAACGAAUACACACAGGAGAGAAGCCCUAUCAGUGCAAGGAAUGUGGGAAAAGCUUUAGUCAACGCGGUAGUCUGGCCGUUCAUGAAAGACUCCACACGGGACAGAAACCCUAUGAGUGUGCUAUUUGUCAGAGAAGCUUCAGGAAUCAAAGUAACCUUGCUGUUCACAGAAGAGUUCAUAGUGGUGAGAAGCCCUAUAGAUGUGAUCAGUGUGGAAAAGCCUUCAGUCAGAAAGGAAGCCUAAUUGUUCAUAUCAGAGUCCACACAGGCCUGAAGCCCUAUGCCUGUGCACAGUGCAGGAAGAGUUUCCACACCAGGGGGAAUUGUGUUCUGCAUGGCAAAAUCCACACAGGAGAGACACCCUAUCUGUGUGGCCAAUGUGGGAAAAGCUUCACUCAGAGAGGGAGUCUGGCUGUGCACCAGCGAAGCUGCUCACAAAGGCUCACCCUGUAACCGCUCUCUUCCGAGGAAGUUCUCUUUAUGAAUUAACAACAUAAAAUCACCUGAGAUUAAACAGCCUAUCCAGUUUUAUGGAAUGAAUGGAGACUCCUUCAGAAAGACCAUCACUGGGUAGAGCAAACUGAGUUUUCUUUUUUUCCCCCAAAUGAGUAUGAAAAAUAAAUGUCUUGUUUAUUAUCAUUAUCAC